AUGACAGUAGUCCUGUCGUCACCCCCCCUCCCCCUUCUCUCUUUCCGAAAAAAUAACCAUGGCGGCCGGGGUACUCUACACUUAUCCGGAAAAUUUCCGCGCUUACAAGGCGUUGAUCGCCGCACAGUAUUCCGGAGUAGAUCUAAAAGUAGCUCCUAACUUUGUUUUUGGCGAAACUAACAAAUCAGAAGCUUUUCUGAAGAAGUUCCCCGCUGGAAAAGUGCCUGCAUAUGAAAGUGCCGAUGGAAAGGUCCUCCUGACUGAAAGCAAUGCCAUCGCUUACUACGUGUCGUCAGCGGCGCUGCGCGGCGCGGACGCGGCGUCGCAGGCGCGCGUGCUGCAGUGGAUGUCGUGGGCCGACAGCGAGCUGCUGCCCGCCUCCUGCGCCUGGGUGUUCCCUUACCUCGGCAUCAUGCCCUUCAACAAGCAGAACGUUGAGCGCGCGAAGAAUGACCUGCUAGCGGCGCUGCAGCAACUGGACGGGCACCUGCUGACGCGCACGUUCCUGGUGGGCGAGCGCGUGUCGCUGGCCGACGUCGUCGUGUUCGCCACGCUGCUGCACGCCUUCCAGCACGUGCUCGAGCCGAGCGUGCGCGCGUCACUAGGCAACGUGUCGCGCUGGUUCUCGACGCUGGCGCACCAGCCGGCCGUGACGCGCGUGCUGCCGCCAGCACCGCUGUGCGCCGCGCCGCCCGUCUACGACCCCAAGAAGUACGCAGAGAUCUCCAAGAAGGAUGGAGGCAAAAAAGACAAAAAGGCUGAGAAGAAAGAACAGAAACCACAGGAGCCCAAGAAGAAGGCGGAGGCGCCGCCCGCCGACGACCUCGAGCUCGACGAGAAGCCCAAGGAGUCCAAGGACCCCUUCGACUCCAUGCCCAAGGGAACAUUCAACAUGGACGACUUCAAACGCUGCUACUCCAACGAGGACGAGGCUAAGUCGAUCCCAUACUUCUGGGAGAAGUUCGACCCCGAGAACUACUCCAUCUGGUACGCCGAGUACAAGUACCCCGAGGAGCUCGCCAAGGUCUUCAUGAGCUGCAACCUCAUCACAGGCAUGUUCCAGCGGCUGGACAAGAUGCGCAAGCAGGCGUUCGCGUCGGUGUGCCUGUUCGGCGACGACAACAACUCCAGCAUUUCGGGAGUGUGGGUGUGGCGCGGACACGAUCUCGCCUUCCCGCUCUCGCCCGACUGGCAGAUCGACUACGAGUCGUACGAGUGGAAGAAGCUGGACCCGGCCAGCCCGGAGACCAAGCGGCUGGUGCAGGACUACUUCUCGUGGAGCGGCGCCGACAAGCAGGGCCGCAAGUUCAACCAGGGCAAGAUCUUCAAGUGAGCCGCCGCGAGCCCCGAACGACCAGUGUCUUAUUUAUGUGUAAAAUACGUUGCAUUUAUUUCGACACCCACGUCCAGGUCCAACCGUGAUCGAUAAUAUCUCAUUUCUACGAAGCCAGCUUGUAUUUAAAAAUAAAAUUGUUUUUAUUUAUA